AAUGCCGCAUCUCUACAGGUAUAUGGUUAUGGUGGUGCUAGUAUGGUUGUUGAGGUCUCAACAGAUAAGAUAAACCGCUCAGUUGCAGCGGUUAGAGAAGUAGUGAAGGACUAUGGUGGAAAGAUGGCAGAUCCAGGAUCUGUUAUGUUCAAGUUCAGACGUGCUCGAGUUGUGAAUGUUAAGGCCUCUGAUGUUGACAAAGACCAGCUUCUCACCAUAUCUCUAGAUGCUGGCGCAGAAGAUGUUAUUGAACCUCCGGAAUAUGAAGAUGAUACAGAAGAAGAGAGGUCGGAAAGAUAUUACAAGAUUGUGACUUCCACCGAGAACUACUCGGGAAUACUAUCCAAGUUACGGAAAGAAAACAUAAAGUUCGAACCUGACAGUGGUUCUGAGCUACUUCCUAUAAGCUCGAUUGAG